UAAUAAUACAACACGGCCACCACGGCCAACAUGAGUAAAGUGACAUUGACAGAUCGAUCAUCUGAUUUUUGUUGUUCAUUACAGUGAUAAAUGAAAAUGUAUUUUGGGGACAAAAUUUAUUAAAUUGAGCGGUGGUUUUUUUUAGAAAAAUCAAAAACAAAGCCCAAGGUCUUGAGAGAGAUAAAGAAAACGACCGCCAAAACACCCAGUAAUUAUACAAAAAAAAUGGAUCAUAAAAAAAUAAUAGAAAAAGGAAUAUCUACUAGACAAUGGAAACUGUCAGUAUCUGCACCCGACGUGCGACCCCGAGAGAAGGUAUGUCUCACGGGAAACAUUCCCGAGCUUGGGGAAUGGGACUACAAUAGAGUGGUGUCCAUGGAUCAUGAACAAGGAACAAACAUUUGGACUACAACAUUAACUGUUCCUAACAAUGUUGAAAUACAAUAUAGAUAUGUGAUUUGUCUUCUAGACAAUGACUCUGAUAGCACUAUUGUGCUGAGAUGGGAGACAAGUAUUCACCCAAGAACUAUAAAAUUAUCAGAUUCACCCCCAGUAGUUGAUAUAUUUGGUACUUAUGGAGACCAAACUAAAAUAACCAGAGGCUGGCUGACAAAACAAACAUUAAUCCAAUUUAAAUUUCUAAACAAUCCAUUAAAACUGAAGUCCCGUCUCUCUGGUAGAGCACUGAAUAUUAAAAUUACACCUGUUAAAUUAACUUUCAACAAUCAAAAUGAGGCACAUCACGAGGAUUCCUCCCUGAGUGUAGAUGUGGUGGAUACAGAGGUGACCGGAGGGGUCAGUGUGGAAGUGUCUACCUGCAAUGAUGAUGCAGCAAUGUGUGUGCUGCAGCCACAGGGACAGUUUGGCCGGGAAUAUAAACCUAAUGAUGUACUAUUGAUAAAUGUGUCUGCCCUAGACAUCAAUGCUCUAGCCUACCUUGUGGAUUUCUAUUCAUUCAGCACCCGUGCCUCAUUGGAUGACCCUCCAUGUCAUGUGGGCUACACCUAUGUAUUACCAAAUAUGUUCAAACCAUCAGAAGGUAUCUUGGAGUUACCAGUUACUUGUAAUAUCAAACAUAGACCAUUGGGAACUGUAAAUAUACAAUAUUUAAUAGUAAGACCUAUGGAAGAGAAUCUUUGUGACCUAAAAGUGUCCUACUUGAAACACUGGGACCCAUCCUGGACAGGCCUGGAGGUGGGGCACCGCGGCCUCGGGGCCAGUUUCAAAACUAAGGAAGGAAGUGCUAUUCGGGAGAACACAGUGGCUUCACUGAAGAAGGCGGCCUCCAGCGGGGCCGACCUGCUAGAGUUUGAUGUGCAGCUCAGCAAGGACAUGAUCCCAGUCAUCUACCAUGACUUCCAUGUGUGCAUUUCCAUGAAAAGAAAAAAGGAGUUGGACUAUGCGGAAAUGCUGGAGCUCCCAGUUAAAGAUCUCACUUUGGAACAUCUGCAGAAAUUGAAGGUGUACCAUCUAGUGGAGGGCCGCAGCCACGAGGUGCUAUUCGACGAUGAGGACCUCGAGGAGCACCAGCCGUUCCCCACGCUGCAGCAUGUUCUUCACUGCAUCGACCCGCACGUCGGCUUCAACGUGGAGCUCAAGUGGACCAUGGAGCUGCAGGAUGGGACGUUUGAGUUGAAUAACCCGUUCGAUAUGAAUACUUAUGUGGAUAAGGUAUUGGAAGUGGUUUUGAAAUACGCCGAUGAACGCAGAAUAGUAUUCUCUUGUUUCAAUCCCGAUAUCGUGACCAUGGUGCGCUUGAAGCAAAACAAGUAUCCAGUGAUGUUCCUUACUGUUGGCACGACGAUCAAGUGGAAGCCGUACCGCGACCCGCGCUGCGUGUCCAUCCCGUCGGCCGUGCAGCACGCCAUCAGCGCGGACAUCCUCGGCAUCGUCGUGCACACCGAGGACUUGCUCCGGGACCCUACACAGGUGAAGCUGGCAACGAACGCGGGCCUGGUGAUCUUCUGCUGGGGCGACGACAACAACGACAAGGACACCAUCCGGCGGCUCAAGGGCAUGGGCCUGCACGCCGUCAUCUACGACAAGCUCGACCAGUACAUCACCAAGGAGGUCAAGGAGAGCAUAUUCUUGAUGGAGGCGCGCGAGUCUCAGCGCGACAUCAUGCGGCUGGCGGCGCUGGAGGAGGCGGGGGGCGCGGGGGGCGGGGGCGGCAGCGAGGCAACAUCCAGCGCGCCCCCGCGAGCGUUCCUCGACCUGGCCCGUCUGCGCGGGGACCUCUCCACCGCCACCUCGCUUGAAUCACUCGCCUCGUCGAUAGACUUCAGGGACGACACUGAGUCGGAGAAGUGCCUCAAGCGGAGCCUCGAUUCCGUGGUGCUGGUGGACAAGGACGCGCAGCUGAAGCAGCAGCCGCGCUCGUUCAAGGACCUGUUCCCCGCGGGUGAUAGCGCUAAAGGAGCUCGCCCGAAGAUACCGCGUUCGAAUAAGUAGACGGACGUAUUUUCUUGCCUCUCUACGGUGUUUUUAUUUAUUUGCUCACUUACCUACCUAAUCAUGUAUUAUUUUAAUAUUUACUAUAUUUAAAGUGUGUUGAAUAGAUUCCCUUUUAUACAUAAAAUUAUAUUUUUUGAAAUGUAUUGUAGUUUACAUGUGUGUAUAGCCGAAUGUUGAGAUUGUAUUGUACAAAACUGAAAUCUUUCCAAGCAGUCUCACACAUGCAACAGGGUAAUUCAAUUAUAUUUUACUCUAAGUACCAUGCGAAUUUAUUUAUUGUUUUAUGACAAUUUAAAAUAUUGUUUUAAAUAGUUACCUACUAACUCAUCAAGUUGUCACAUUAUUAUGAGGCUAUUACUUUUUUAUGCUUGCUAUUUAUAUAAUUCAAUUAUUGCUGUGAUAUUUCUGUGUGAAUAAGUAAUUAAUCACUUCAACUACCGUUAUCAUUUUAAUUGUUCAAUAAUUGCAUACCAUAAUUCCUAAGUAAUCUAAUUUAUUCCAUUAGUUUCAUAAUUUGAAUUAUUUUUGAGAAAUUAUAAAUUAAAAUUAUUAUAUCAAAUUU